AUGUGUCCACUUGUCCAAAUUCCGCAGCUGACGUCAGCGCUGAUCAUCUCAGUGGGCACGACGAUCUACGCCAUCUACCAGGAUGUGUCUUUCGUGCUUGAAGACCACUUCUUCUCGCCAGCCGCCUUCGUCAUCGCCAUCGGGGUCAUCAUGCUCUUCGUGUCUCUCUUCGGAUGCAUUGGAGCCCUGAAGGAGAGCACGUGCUUGGUCAACAUUUUCGCAGUGAUACUGACUCUAGUACUCGUGCUGGAGGUGGCAGCGGCCAUUGCUGCAUACAGCCUGCGCAGCCAGAUCUCCGGCAUGUUGAACGAGAACCUGCGCGCGAGCAUGCCCGACUACUACAAGGACCCUAUGGUGCAGGAGUACUUCGACUUCAUGCAGUCUAGGAUGAACUGCUGCGGUAUCGAAUCUUACCUCGAUUGGGGCGAUGUGAAGCCUCCAAGCGUGGCCACCGGUAUCACCUACGGCAACCUGACCGUACCGUCUUCGUGCUGCGCUGAGACCAGGAUCGAAAUGCUGGCUGAAAUGGAGGUGGAAGAGUGCACCAAGAUGUACUCCAACGGCUGCAUGCCCAGAGUGUUCUACUUGGUCUACCAGAGCGCUGGUCUCCUGGGCGCUGGAGCUCUGACCAUUGCAUUCAUUCAGAUCAUCGGCAUCGUCUUUUCCUUCUCCCUGGCCAGUGCUAUCCGCAAAGCGAAGAACGACCGCGAGCGCAGGCGCUGGGAGAUCCAGGAGCGCGUGAUCAAUGCGUACACGUCACUGAACCCUAACGACGAGAAGCACCCACAAAUAGUCUACGUACCCUUCCAGGGACAGACCGUAGCUUAAAUGUCAGCAGCAAUCAUACGUGAAGGGACCGCAUUACAAAAGGACGCCCGGAAGUCAAUUGAGAGUUCAGACCCUCGUAGUAGAACGCCUAAAUCUAUGCUUGAGACUGAAUUGAAUUUUGUGCGUCGUUCUGUAAUAUGGGCUCUUAUUAUGAAACAAAAAUCGAGACUCGAUCAUGAUGAAUAAAUUCAAGUCUUACCUAAUUGGACAUUCAAAAUUAAUUGAAAUAAUCAUGAUUAUGCUUAAUUUUAUUUGAAUCAAGUUUUGAGUGUGAUUUCAUUUCGUAAUAUUUUGGGGCGUAAAAGAGAAUUCACGUUAUGAUUCAGCGAAAAAUAAGAUUUGACAUUCCAUUAUUAUUUAGGUUGUAUUUUAAAUAAAUGCCAUAGUUAUAAAUUCAUAUUUUAAAUAGUUGCAAAUGCUAGUUGCUUCGUAAGACAAUGCCUAUUUUGUUGUUUUAUUUUAUUUCACAAUCCUAUUACAUUUCGGGAUGCAUUUCAGGUAUACUUUUUAGUGUUACUUUCUCUAACCAUAUCAGUUUACUACAUAAGAUAAAACCAAAAUAAAUUUAAAACAUUAGAAUAUAAUAUUAAACCGUUACAAAAGUUUAAUAAGUGUAUGGUACUUAUAUGUAUGUAUAAAAUUAUAAAUUUCACAGUUUAAACUACGAAUGACUGGUCAAUUAUAAUAAUGAACUGUUUUAUAUGAAUCUAGUAUUAAUAUAAUAAAUAUAUUUUAUUGAAUAAAUUUUAUUUACACUUUAAA